CUUUAGGUAACUCGACUAUUUCAUGUAGUCUUUAAUUUUCCACGUCAUAAACGGCCGUAUUUUUGGUGUGGCAACGUCGUGGUGCAUUUUAAAAAAUGGGGCUGAAGAUAUUAUUUGCUGCAUUGACUCUCUUAUGCUGCAGCAUUGUAGCGGAAAGUGCAUCAAUUCUAGCUUUAUUCUCAUCUCUUUCUUACACGGAUCACCUCGUAUUUAGAGGAUAUGUUUCACUUCUCACGCAAAAAGGACAUUCCAUUGUAGUUAUGACGCCAUAUCCUGGUAAUUUCCAGUACCCAGACGUAGAGAAAAUUAUAGAAUUGGAAGUGGGACAGGACUCUGCAAUCUACUGGGACGAAUACCGGAGACUGAUGACUAAUGCAGAUGAUUAUUUCCCAAGACAGAGGGCGUUAAAUGAACUUGCUCUUAAAAUUGCGAUAGCUCAAUUAAAAUCGCAACAGAUGCAAGCGUUACUGAUCAACCCGAACAUCAAAUUCGAUCUUGUUAUUACCGAAGCUGACGUGCCUCUGCUUUAUGCCGUCGCGGAGAAGUACAAGGUCCCCCACAUUGCUAUAACCACGUCAAAUGGAAAAAUACAUCAGCAUGAAGCAAAGAGCAAUCCAAUUCAUCCAAUUUUGUAUCCAGAUGUCAACACCUUGAACUAUAAGGAUUUGAGCCUUUGGCAGAAAGUGAUUGAGUUCUACCGUCAUUUGCAGACGAAGAAUGAGUACUACAACCAUUAUCUCCCUUUGAGUGAAGUAGCCGCUAAGAAACUCCUAGGUUUGAAGAGAGAUCUUCAAGAAGUGGAAUAUGAUAUUGACUUAUUGCUUAUUGCUGCAAAUCCCGUUCUCGUUGGCAACAGACCUACAGUGCCUGCAGUCACUUAUGUCGACCGAAUGCAUAUUCGACCCAACGCUGUUUUACCUCAGAACUGGAAAGCAGUUUUAGAUUCCGCCACUAAAGGAGUCCUCUACUUCAGUCUAGGAGUAACUCAAGACGCCGAGCUCCUUCCGCCCUCGAUUCUCCAGACCCUUUCAGAUGCAUUCAGGGAGCUUCCCUAUACAGUUCUCUGGAAGAUUGGCAACACCACCAUGAUCAACAAACCGGAUAAUGUAAUUGCCGAGGGAUGGUUUCCUCAACAAGAAUUACUAUCUCAUCCGAACAUCAAGGCUUUUAUAACUCAUGGAGGCGCGCGGUCUUUGGAGGAAGCCAUAUAUUUCCAAGUGCCAAUCGUCGGUCUACCGAUCGUGAGAUCUAGAAAAGUCUUUAUUCAAGAGAUAACUAAAUUCGGCACCGGCGAAAUUCUGGAUCCUUAUCAGUUGGACAAAGAAUUGCUGAAAACAACCAUUUCAGCAGUUGCCUCCAAUGAAAAGUACAAAAAAGCUAUGAUCAAACUCAAGGACAUGGUUUACGAUCCUGUCAUAUCUGGACCUGACAACGCUGUCUGGUGGACGGAGUACGUUCUUCGUCACAACGGCGCUCGUCCCCUUCGAUCUUCUUUCGUGGGAGUGUCAUUCUUCAAGUAUUACAUGCUCGACCUGCUUUGUUACAUCUUGGCAGGUUACCUGUUCUUUUUGUACCUCUCGUAUAUGAUUCUGCGUUACGUUUACAGUCGUCUUCGUAAACGUUUCAGGGGUGUUCCUGAGUUGGGCGGUAAAGGUGGUAAGUUUAAAGCCUUGUAGAAUUACUAGAUAUUAAUUGUGAAUUGGAUGUACUUAUUUCUUUUAAUAUGUAUUGAUAUAAUAACAUAGAGAUAUCUAUUUAGGUAGAAACUGCUACAAGAACAAUGAGAAAAUUAAGUAAUAAAACUAUUAAAUAAUUUAUUUUUUUUAUUUUGCUGACUUUUGUAUUCUGCUGAAUAAAUUAUUGAUUUAGUGAAA